AUGCCCGGGUAUUGGGGGCUAUUUGCUGUCCACAGGCGACGAUCUUGGCAGGGCCUGGUACUCGCUGGGGCUGCAAGGGACACCGACGGUCCAGGGCUGCUUAGUCAUCUGGAGGGCGAGAGGGCUACGCCGGUCAUGCACAGGCCUACCACCAAGACUACCACUACGUUAUCCACGCCGGGCUACGCUGCUCUGCCUCACCUUGUGUAUAUGCAGCACGUAGCCACGGUGACCCCGACAGCCACUGUGCAGGCUCCGCUGCCGUAUGUUUCCUUGCCCGUUGCUACGCCGCCUCCUGGUUUCUCCGCUCCUGCCGCAGCCCUGGACUUCCAGUGUCCCAAGAGCUCACCGCUAGACCUACCUCCUGUGCAGAGGAUGCUGCCGGUUCCUGCCCCGCCUCCUGUUUCUGAUUUCUUUGCCGCUCCAGCCUUAGUACCAGUUCCUGCCGUCGUCGUUCCUGCUUGUGGUGUUGCUGCUCCCACCCCAGGUGCAGUUGGGCCCUGUUGCUUCGGCAAAACUGCCCCGGCUCCGUCCUAG